UAGCAAAUUUUUUCCCCGGUUUACCGAGAAACUACGAUAGUUUUUAUGUAGUUGUGCGUCCACAGGAAUCGUCCCGAUAUAUCCGCAAGCCUCCAUCCGCGCCACCCCUCUCCUCUGCCGCGGAUUCUUUGUGUCUCUCUAUCAUUCUCUUUCCGUCUCUAUCCCGGUCCUAUAAAUUCAUAUUUACAGGCAAUAAGGCAGCAAAACCCGUCUCUAAUUCUCACGAAUCUGUGGUCUUUUGAUAACAGACGCAUCUCUUCUGCUUCGCUGCACUGUUCUGUACUCCUCGCAGCAAUGGCUGGAAACGACUGGAUUAACAGCUAUCUUGAAGCGAUUCUGGAUGCAGGGCCGUCUAUCGACGCCUCCAAGUCCUCGCUACUGUUGCGAGAGAGGGGAAGGUUUAGCCCCACGAAGUACUUCGUGGAGGAAGUCAUCACCGGAUUCGAUGAAACAGAUCUUUACAAGUCAUGGCUUCGGGCUGCAUCAACGAGGAGUCCGCAGGAGAGGAAUACGAGGCUGGAGAAUAUGUGUUGGAGAAUUUGGAACCUUGCCCGCAAGAAGAAGCAGAUAGAAGGAGAGGAAGCCCAACGUUUGUCAAAGCGCCGAUUAGAACGAGAAAGAGGCCGCCGAGAUGCUACUGCUGAUAUGUCAGAAGAUUUGUCUGAAGGAGAGAAAGGAGAUGUUGUUGGUGAGUUGUCUUCCCAUGGAGAUAGCACAAGAGGGAGAAUGCCUAGGAUCAGCUCAAUUGAUGCUCUUGAUGCUUGGGCCAGUCAGCUUAAGGAGAAAAAGUUGUAUAUAGUGUUAAUCAGCAUUCAUGGUCUGAUACGUGGUGAAAAUAUGGAGCUUGGUCGAGAUUCUGACACUGGCGGUCAGGUAAAAUACGUUGUAGAGCUUGCCAGGGCAUUGGGCUCAAUGCCUGGAGUUUAUAGGGUUGAUUUACUGACUAGGCAAAUAUCAGCGCCAAAUUUUGAUUGGAGCUAUGGAGAACCUACAGAGAUGUUAGCUCCCAGUCAUUCUGAAAAUUUUCGUGAAGUUGGAGAGAGCAGCGGCGCUUAUAUAGUACGAAUUCCAUUUGGUCCAAGAGAUAAAUAUAUUCCUAAAGAGCUUCUCUGGCCAUACAUUCAAGAGUUUGUGGAUGGUGCACUGAGCCACAUCAUGCAGAUGUCCAAAGUCUUGGGAGAGCAAAUUGGUUGGGGGCAACCUGUAUGGCCAGCAGCUAUCCAUGGUCAUUAUGCUGAUGCUGGUGAUUCCGCAGCACUCCUCUCAGGGGCGCUAAAUGUACCAAUGGUUUUCACUGGUCAUUCUUUGGGCAGAGAUAAGCUCGAACAACUUCUGAAACAGGGACGCAUGACCCGGGAUGAAAUUAAUGCAACUUAUAAGAUAAACCGUAGGAUUGAAGCUGAGGAAUUGGCUCUUGAUGCCUCUGAAAUUGUUAUUACAAGUACAAGGCAGGAAAUAGAUGAGCAGUGGUGCUUAUAUGAUGGAUUUGAUGUUAUACUUGAGAGGAAAUUACGAGCUAGAAUUAAGCGAGGUGUCAAUUGCUAUGGUCGUUUCAUGCCUCGUAUGGUUGUGAUUCCCCCUGGAAUGGAAUUCCAUCAUAUAGUUGUAAAUGAUGGUGAUAUUGAUGGCGAUGUAGAAGGAAAUGAAGAGAAUCCCACUUCACCUGAUCCCCCAAUUUGGGCUGAGAUCAUGAGGUUUUUCACUAAUCCGCGUAAACCCAUGAUUCUUGCUCUUGCUCGACCUGACCCCAAAAAGAACAUUCUGACUCUGGUGAAAGCAUUUGGAGAAUAUCGUCCAUUAAGGGAACUUGCAAAUCUGACAUUGAUAAUGGGCAAUCGUGAUGCCAUUGAUGAUAUGUCUGGUACAAAUGCAGCUGUACUUACUGCUGUCCUCAAGUUGAUUGACAAGUAUGACCUUUAUGGGCAAGUAGCAUACCCUAAGCAUCACAAGCAAUCAGAAGUUGCUGAUAUUUACCGUCUAGCUGCAAAAACAAAGGGCGUUUUCAUUAAUCCUGCCUUCAUUGAACCAUUUGGACUCACAUUAAUAGAGGCUGCGGCUCAUGGUCUGCCUAUUGUAGCCACGAAAAAUGGAGGACCGGUGGAUAUUAUUCGGGUGCUAGAUAAUGGAGUAUUAGUUGAUCCACAUGAUCAGGACAGUAUUUCUGCUGCGCUUUACAAGCUUGUUUCUGAUAAGCAACUUUGGGCUCGGUGUCGACAAAAUGGAUUAAAAAACAUCCAUUUUUUCUCUUGGCCUGAGCAUUGCAAGACAUAUUUGUCUCGAAUAGCUACUUGCAAGCCAAGGCAUCCUCAAUGGAAAAGGAGUGAGGAUGUGCUUGAAAACUCAGACUCAGAAUCUCCAGGUGAUUCUUUACGGGAUAUUCAGGAUAUAUCACUGAAUCUAAAGCUUUCAUUAGAAGGCGACAAAGCUGAAGACAAUGGUAACCUGGAUGCUUUGGAUUCUGAAGAAAGCUUUGCUGAUAGAAAAAACAAGUUGGAGAAGGCACUCUUAAAAUUGUCCAGGGGAGUUAGCAAGGUAACUCAAAAGGCUGGAUCUGGUGAGAAACAUGAUCUGAGCUGCGGGGCUAGUAAGUUACCUGCAUUGAGGAGGAGGAAACACAUUUUUGUCAUUGCUGUUGAUUUUGAUUCUGAGACCAAUAUUAUUGAAAUUUUUCUCAAGAUAUUUGAGGCUGUGCGGCAGGACAGGAUGGCUGGAUCUAUUGGGUUUGUACUAUCAACAGCGUUAACAAUUUCAGAGAUUUAUUCCCUUCUUAUGGCUGAAGGAAUAGCUGCUAGUGAUUUUGAUGCUUUCAUUUGCAACAGUGGCAGCGAUCUCUAUUACCCACUUUCAUAUUCAGAGGACUCUGUUAACUCCUCUGAUUUACCUUUUGAGCUUGAUUUGGAUUAUCAUUCACAGAUUGAGUAUAGAUGGGGUGGAGAUGGAUUAAGGAAAACUUUGGCUCGUUGGGCUGCUUCUAUCAUUGACAAGAAUGGUGCAAAUGAGGAACAAGCAGUUGUUGAAGAUGAUGAAAGGUCUUCUAACUAUUGUCAUGCAUUUAAAGUGAAGAACCCUGCACUGGUUCCUCCUAUUAAAGAGCUUCGUAAGUUGAUGAGGAUUCAGGCCUUGCGUUGUCAUGCUUUAUAUAGCUAUGAUGGCACAAAGCUACAUGUGAUUCCCAUCUUGGCUUCUCGUUCUCAAGCACUGAGGUACUUGCAUGUGAGAUGGGCCACAGACUUGUCUAACCUCGUGGUAUUUGUUGGUGAAAGUGGUGACACUGAUUAUGAAGGAUUGCUGGGAGGAAUCCACAAAACUGUGAUACUGAAGGGAGUCUGUAAUGCACCAAAACCUCCAGUCUCAAUCAGAAACUACGCACUCCAGGAUGUCGUUGCAUUCAACGGCCAAAAUAUUGCCAAAACGGAGCAAGGCUUUAGUUCCGCUGAAAUACUUUCAGCCCUGCAAAAGCUAGGUAUACUGAAAGACUAAUUUCUCCACCUUACUUCAAAUAAAUCUCUCUCUAUUCUCUUUCUGUAUAUAGUUCUUUUAGCUCCAAGUAUCUUUGUUCAGUCUGGUCAUCAAGGUCAUACAUCUCAACCUUUUUCCGUGUUGUCCUGAAAACAAGGGAUGUGGCUUCCUCAUGUCUGGCCAUCAAUUUGUUAACUGCAUAAUCUCUUGUUUUUUCUAUUCCUUAUAAUAUAUUAGCCAUUUCAUGAAGGUUACUGUAAUAAUUGUUCUUUUCAGUAAACGCUUUGCAUCCUUAAAUUGUGUUCAUGUAUAAUUAAAAUACAUUUGGCUCAUUGUAAUUAAUUUUUAGUUGGAAAAUAUAUCCAAUAGUAUCAGUA